AUGCGCCCGAUCAAGGCCACGCGAUGGAGGGCGGUGAGCCGCAAGUCCGACAAAAUCUCGAUUCUCACCCUUUUGGGUGUCUCAGAGGUACUCAAAAUCCGCGGCAAAUGGCGCCUGGCACUGAGGCUCGGGAACUUCGCCCUGCAGCAGUCGCAGGGCCUGGGGACUUUGACUGAGGGCCUGGCCCUGUUGAGCGUCGGGCAUGCCUAUCGUAACCAAACUCCAGAGGAUUGGAUAUCGGCCCAGCAUCACCUUCGGAUGGCAAAACUGCUCCUCGAGGGUCUCCCGCCGAGUGAAGACCAGACCUUCUAUCUUAUGCGCGCUGUCCUGCUGCUCGGCGACACCCUUGUGCGUCGUGAGGAUCUUGGCGACAUUGCCGAAGCCGAAGAGUUGGCUCAUCUGGCCGAGCGCCUGCUCCGCCAGAGCCGUGAGCGACCGGGCAACUCUUUCCGCUGGACUCUCUUCACCGGCUCAUGGCGUGAUUUUUGUGUGCAUUCCAUGGUUGAGCUUGGUGAGAUUUACUACUACACGAGUCGCUGGGCCGAGGGAGAAAAGCUGCUUCGUGAAUUGGUGCCGACACUGGUCAAGAGACGGGGUAAGCGCCAUGUGACGACGAUCGAAGCACAACGUGACCUUGCGAGCAUGUUGGUCAACCAGGACAAGUACGAAGAGGCCGAAAUAGCGUAUCGAAUCGCGCGGGAUUGGAACGAGGAAGUCCCCGUCUUCGGCCAUGAGGAGAAGGCUGCUAUCGACUACAACAUUGCCAUGUGCCUAUCCGAGCGCGGCAAGGACAAGGAAGCCCGGGUUGAGAUUGGAAACAUGGAUUUGGCAGCUGACCUUCUGCACUACGCAAAUGGCGAAUGGACUCUGAAGCUGGCGCGCCUCACGAGUCUUCGCCUGAAGAAGUACGAGGAAGUGGUUGCUCUUUGUCGAAGGUUCCAACGAGUCUUGGAUGAGCACAGGGCGAGGUUCGGGCCCUGCAGCCCUGUGACUUUGAGGAACAUGGAGGACCACGUCACGGCCUUGAAAGCGCUUCGCAGAUGGGACGAAGCGAUUGUUAUUCUGCGCGACAUGUGCCGGCGUGAGGCAAGCGACGUGGCACGUGUGGUUGAGCAGACUCUCGAGACUCGCCUGAACCUCGCCCACACUCUCCGCCACGCCGGUCUCCAUGAAGAAGCGGCAUACGAAUAUCGCAAGUGCCUAGAAAUUGAACGCGCGGCAUCUGAUGACUUCAAGGACGAGGCUCAAAUCCGCAACAUACUUAAGUACCUCGCGUAUCUCUACGAGUUAGCGAGGGACAAGACAAACGCGCUCAUUGCGUAUUCACAGCUGCAGAGGGAGUAUUGGGGUCGGCCGAGCCAGCAUCGAAAUUUUAUCAAAUACGAAUGGUGCAGGGGCAAAAUGUUCAUGUUGCAAGGGCGCUGGGAGCAUGCGUUGAAAUUGCUUUUGAGCGCUCUCGCGGUCAAAAGGGGCGUCGAAACAGCAGUCUCGAUCAUCACUGGCUUGCCGAUCGAAGCCGUUCAUGCCAUGCAACCGGGCAGGAGAGUCACAGACCUUAUACAGCCCGAGAUUUUGGAGUCGGAUGUUGAAGCGGAUGAAGAAAACGAGAAAACAGUGGACAAGACAACGAUCAGGGGCCACGUCCAAGUCACAGAGUUGAACCUCGAAGACGAAGAGGACCAGUCAUGGGACGAGGUAGAUUGGUGGGAAGAGGUUAUUAAGGACGCCGUUGACGCUGUCCGGCGCGAAGAGCCGUUCCAAUCCUGUACACCCCUCGAUGAGGCCGACUCAGAGGUUGACGACGACGAAGUGGACGAAACCGUGGACGCUGUCCUAACUUUGAAGAGCGGGUACCCUUCUGUGCCAGCCGACGAUGAGUGGUCGCAGCCCCAGUGGCCGCGACUUCCAGACACAUAUGAGGAGCUUGUAAUUCAGCAGAGAAGGGUCGUCGAGGAAAGUCGACCAUGGGUUCCAUGA